AUGAUUGUAGUAGUUCUUGGUGAUACAGAUGCGGGAGUUGUAGUGUUGAUAUUCAUAUCGAGUGUUUUUUAUCAGCGUCUGAUGCGUCAACGUCUAGAGGUUGUCCUCCGUAUUCUAUGGUCCAGUUGCUUUGAAUCUUUGGUACCCUUCUUUGCCUGCAUAUAUCCUUCGUAUUUGUGUUCUCGUGAUGCUGAUUCUUCCAAUACGUAUCCUGUUCCUUAUACUCGUGGUACUGAUUCUUUCAAUACUCAUCCUGCUCCUCUUAUGGUGCAUAUGCUUCGGAUAAUCCUGGCGACCUUGACCUCCAAUUUAGCACAAGAUCUAUCUAAUCCCUUUUAUCUUCAUCCUAAUGAAAAUUUUGUUGUUGUACUUACUUCUCCCGUUCUUGAUGGUCCCAAUUAUCAUACCUGGGCACAAUCUAUGAAGAUGGUAUUAUUAUCUAAAAACAAGUUGAAGUUUAUCGAUGGCUCCAUUAAAGCUCCUCCAACCAUCGAUUCUUUGUUCUCUACCUGGGAAAGAUGCAAUACUAUGGUACUUUCUUGGCUCACUCAUUCUCUUUCAUCAUCCAUUAAUAGUAGCAUUUUAUGGAUUGAUAAAGCUUAUGAUGUAUGGGAUGAUCUUCAAAAACGGUUUUCACAAGAAGAUAUUUUUAGGAUCUCAGAUUUGCAAGAAGAUAUUUAUAGCUUUAAACAAGGGAAUCGAAGUGUUACUAAUUACUUUACCGAAUUAAAGAUUCUUUGGGAUGAGUUGAAAAACUUAAGGCCACUUCCUACAUGUACUUGUGCAACACCUUGCUCUUGUGCGGUAGUGACUACUUUCAAGAAUUAUCAGAACAGUGAUUAUAUCAUUCGAUUUCUCAAAGGUCGUAGUGAUCAAUUUUUUGUUGUUAGAUCUCAAAUCAUGCUCAUGGAUCCACUUCCUUCAAUCAACAAAUUCUUUUCUUUAGUUUUGCAACAAGAAAGGCAGAUGAGUUUGGAAGUUGCCAGAGUGUUUGUUCAUAAAGCUGCCAAAGAGAAUUCUCCAGCUAACAAAUCACAAAACACUUGGAAGUUUAAUUCAUCAAGGUCACAGAACAAUGGAUAUAAUCGGUUUUGCACAUUCUAUGGCAAACUGAGACAUAUUGUUGAAACUUGCUAUAAGAAGCAUGGUUUUCCACCUAGUUAUAAGUCCAAAAGUCAUAAUCCCACUGCUCAUAAUGUAAUUGCAGAAGAGAAUAUCACAUAUCUUCCUAUGCAAUCUGAUGUUUCUGUCAAGAAUCAAGAAGGUUCUGGUGUUUCUUUGACUCAAGAUCAAUAUCACCAAUUGCUUGCUUUGCUCUAG